GCCCGGGUGGCAAGAGACCGGCGCGCUGUGUGGAGUGCGGGAACCGCUGGGGUGUCGUGACCGCGAGCGAGCCAGGCCGGGAUGGCAGCGCCGCUCGCUCGGCACCGGGGAGCCGGGGCUGCGGGCCAGCACCGGCUGGUGCUGCUUUGGAUGCUGUUGCUGGUGCCGCUGCUGGCGCGGCCCGCGGCGGCCCUGGUGGAGGGGCUGUACUGCGGCGCGCGGGACUGCUACGAGGUGCUGGGCGUGAGCCGCUCGGCCACCAAGGCCGAGAUCGCGCGGGCCUACCGCCAGCUGGCCCGGCGCUACCACCCCGACCGCUACCGGCCCGAGCCCGGCGACGAGGGCCCCGGGCGGGCGCCGCCCAGCGCCGAGGCUUUCCUGCUGGUAGCGACCGCCUACGAGACUCUCAAGGAUGAAGAAACACGGAAAGAUUAUGACUACAUGCUGGAUCAUCCAGAAGAAUAUUACAGCCAUUACUAUCACUACUAUAGCAGGCGCUUAGCCCCUAAAGUGGAUGUUAGGAUAGUAAUUUUGGUCAGUGUGUGUGCUAUUUCUAUGUUUCAGUACUUCAGCUGGUGGAAUAGCUACAAUAAAGCAAUCAGCUACCUAGCCACAGUGCCCAAGUACCGCAUCCAGGCAACAGAGAUCGCCAAGCAGCAGGGACUGCUCAGAAAAGCCAAAGAAAAAGGCAGAAACAAGAAAUCCAAAGAGGAAGUUCGUGACGAGGAGGAGAACAUCAUAAAGAACAUUAUAAAAAGUAAAAUUGAUAUAAAAGGAGGCUACCAGAAACCUCAAAUACGAGAUCUGCUGCUGUUCCAAAUCCUUUUAGCUCCCCUUCACCUGUGCUCCUACAUGGCCUGGUAUUGCCGGUGGAUCUAUAAUUUUAACAUCAAAGGCAAAGAAUAUGGGGAGGAAGAGAGACUAUACAUCAUUCGUAAGUCUAUGAAAAUGUCACAAUCCCAGUUUGAUAGUCUAGAAGACCAUCAGAAAGAAACUUUCCUUAAACGGGAGCUCUGGAUAAAGGAGAAUUAUGAGGUGAGUAUUCAAUCUGCCGGAUGUUAUUAUGAUGAGACAGUGGGUUUCUAGCCUGUAAUUCGUCUUAAAAUUCUCUGAUUCAACUAAUUCCUAGUGUCAUUUGUUGCGUGGAACAGUGGAAAGAGUGGGACAAUGUUUGUUUUUGCAAGGGUGCUCCAACAAACUUUAAGUUGUGCUCAAUAAAAGUUACUCUGUCCCAAGUUUGCUUCUAGUGAUGAAAACCUAGCCACAGAGACUGAUUAAAAAGAGGGCAGAGGAAGGGAGAGAGUAAGAGAUGGAGUACUUUUGAAGAAACUAUUUCAAAAUAAUAAGCACAGAAUUUUCUGUAUAAUAACUUCUAUAUCUAGGAAGUUUUACUUUACUUUUAAAUUUAAUUGACUUUCUGCAAUGCCUUUAAACUUGGAGCAUUUUAUUAAAUGCUUCAUUUUAUAACUGUCAACUGUAGAAAUUAUUUUGAGAUGAUUAAGUUAUCCACAGUAUUAAAGGGACUUACAGUCUCAUUGUGAUAAUGCUGUUUCAGGUUCUCGAACAUAUUAAGUAUAAGAAUUAGCAUAUUAAAUACAAGAAGAAAACAUACUGAAAGCUUAAAAAAUUUGAAAGAUGAUUUUUUUUUUCUUUUGGUGCGGGU